AUGGAACCAAAAGACAACCCAGCUGUUCCCUCCUGCCCCUCCAUCUCAGAAGGUAACGUGGAGAACCAGGCUGGAGCCGAAGUGGGACUUGAACCAGGCCUCAGUGGACUUGAAGCUCAUUCUGGCAGAGGCCUUAGUAGUGGCGAUGAAAUACAAGUCAGUUGUGAAAACGAGGCCCUGCCUGCCCUGAGUUCUGAGGAGAUGGUGCAUGGCACACCUGUAAAGAGACGCCAGAUUGGACUACCAAGAACAACUGUCCCCAGAAAAAACCCCAGUCAGGGCAAGAAGUCCCCUGCCAAUUCAAGAGGUCACACCGAGAGGGAGAACACUGUGUACCAGCCUGAAGACCUGCCCUCCACAAGCCACCAAGCGGGGAGCUCCCAAGGGCGUCAGAUGUUCUGCUGGCCCUCAGCACUUCCAACUCUGCCAUACAUGGCAGUGACCUCGGACCAGAAAUUGGUAGUUUCUCCUUACAUGCAGCUACAUGGGGCUUCUGCCUUGCCCAACCCAUGCGUAAAUAUGGUCCUCAUGCCAUGUCUUGUCACGGACCGCCAUCCACUGAUGCCACAGGUCCCUGCAGAAGUGAGGGUUCCGGAAACUUGGGUGGGCCCCAAUGCCUCUGACCAGGCCUUGGUUUCUGACACCUCAGAGUGUCAGGAGAUACUAGAGGCUGCUGAGGCCUUGAUGACUCUGAAGAACUCUUCUUCGACCUGGCGCCAGACUCACAGAUAAACAGGUCUUGUCUGAAUUGGAGCAGUGAAGCCUCCCAGCCCAUCCUUGUCAUUCCUUGGGAUCCA